AUGACAUCGUCGGACGAUGAAGAUCCUCAUAUUCAACUAGUUAAGUUACGUUCUGCUAAUAAGCAAGCUGCUGAAUAUGGUUUAGCGUUACUCAACGAGAAGAGUGUGCUCGAAGCGCAACACGAAGAGCUAGAAAAUGAACACAUUCAACUGAAGAUUGAAUUCGAACAAGUGAAAACUCAACUGAAAACAUUCCAAGCCAAUCAACGCGAAGAAACAUUGAAAGGUGAAUCGAAUGAAGAAAGUUUAUUAAAUGAAAAGCAAACGCGAGAAGAUUAUCUCUUGAAAGAAAUCACACACUAUGAACAUGAAUUACGUUUGUUAAAACAAGACAAUGAACGAUUGUGUACCGAGAACGAGAAGAUUCUUGUUAAAUCGCAAGAGUUAACCGAACAACUUCGAGCUUUCGAUGAUAUGAAAGUUAAACUGAAAUACGAAUUGAAGGAAAGCAAAGGACAAGAACAACGACUGAUCGAUGCCAAUGCCGAACUCGAAGAAGACAAUGUCACAUUACAACAACAAGUUCAAAGAUUACGCGAUAACUUAAUCGAUUACGAUGGAUUGAAAGUAGAAAAUAAACAAUUGCAAGAAAAUAUUGAUGAUCUAUAUCGUACGAUGAAAGAACUUGAAUCUUUGAAAUCAAUUGCUGAAUCUCAACUGAUAGAAUUGCAUAACAAUCUUCGCGAUGAACGCGAACAAAAACAUAUCUACAAACAACAAUUAGAUUAUCGCAUUCAACAAGAAUCUCUUCGUAAUUUAGAUUCACUACGUCUAACGCUCAAUAGUGCACAUACUGAUAAUGAUUAUUUGGCGAAUUGUGUUGACGAUGACAUUGAAGACGAUCAUCUUCCUUCCACGACGGAUAUGUUAAGUAAUGAACAACAAGAACAACAACCCGUUGGAAAUCUCUUCAGUGAAAUCCAUGGUAAUGAAAUACGCAAAUUAGAACUUGAAUGUUUACAAUUAUCUCAGAUAAAAUCGUCCCUAGACAAUGAACUACUCACAAUCAAUGAGAAAACCAAUAUACUUUCACAUAAGAUCCAACAUAUUAUCGAAAUGAUGUUUCCGAAUAAGCCUCUUUCGAAUUCUUCGAAUUCGGAGAAUACAACCAAUCUCCUCAAUACUUCACUAGAUUCCAUCGAACAAAUUGACUCAAUUAUCAACAAAAACUUACAUUUAUUCAAUGGCGAUCAGGAUCUAUUGAAGAAGAAGCUCGACGAACAAGAUAAUACAAUAUUUAAACUAAAACAAGAUCUCAAUGUAAUGCUGAAACAGUGUAAUGAUACCCAAACCAUAUUCAUGAAAACAAAUGAUAAUCUGAUAAACUUAAGUGAAGAAUUGGAUAGUAUUCAUGCAUAUAUGUUUACUUCGGUGGGUUUGAAUGUUCCGUUCAAUGAGAAACAACUGAAAAAAGCGCAAUUGACCAAUUCGAAUAACAAAAUCAUUGAUCCAACGAUGAAUGAAUCAGUUCUGAACGUUCUGCAAGAACAAAUUAAACAGAUGAAACAGUCAUUUGAGAAAAUUUUAGAUUCAAUCAAACAAAAAGAACAAUCGACAACAAAUGAAAUCAUUAUCAAUGACAAUGAGCUUUCCACAGACACAAACGAUCUGCAAGAACAAAUCAUCAAAUUACGUUCGUUGCUAACAACUAAACGUGAACAAAUCGGUACAUUACGUACAGUUCUAAAGAACAAUAAACAAACUGCGGAAGUUGCAUUAGCUAAUUUGAAAUCGAAAUAUGAAAAUGAAAAACUAAUUGUUACGGAAACAAUGCUCAAAUUACGUAAUGAAUUGAAAUCGCUGAAAGAAGACGCAGCUACAUUUGCGUCGUUACGCGCAAUGUUUGCUGCGCGUUGUGAUGAAUAUGUCACUCAAAUCGAUGAACUACAACGGCAAGUUCAUGCGGCUGAAGAAGAAAAGAAAACAUUGAACUCGCUGCUUCGUAUGGCGAUCGAACAAAAACUGGCCUUGACACAAAAACUUGAAGAUAUGGAAAUGGAUAAUGAACGAUCAAAUAAUCCAACAGCUGUCUCAAAGCGAACAAUGAACUCAAAUGCAUUAGCGUUCACCGCAGGCAUUCCACUUGGCCUAUUAACAGUUGGAUCAAAUAAUAACCAAUUUGACAAUCAGAAUAUUGUCAAUAAUAGCACUCUGCCCGAGAUACGACGCGGAAGAUUCAUACCACCACGUAUGAUGCAAGCCUUUGCAGCAAGUAAAAAUCAGCAAAUACAGAACAAACGAUAA